AUGGGGCGGGGCGAGUGGCUCCCUGUCAUCUGGGAGGCUCCGGGGGGCGUGGGAAAUCCCCUGAUCGGGGCGGUGGCGGGAGAGGGCGUGGGCGUGUGGACAAGGCCAGCCGCCACUGAGGACACCUUGUAUGGCCCCAAUCCUGGCACUGGCCUAGCUCCCAGGUCUGAAGAGGGCAAGUGUGGGAUUGCUGUCCUCACUGGAGGCCCAGGACAAGCCACCUGGGAGUGGCCAGACCCUAAGGACUGGAGCUUGCAGGACACGGACGCCUUCGUGCUCGUCUACGACAUCUGCAGCCCGGACAGUUUCGACUACGUGAAGGCCCUGCGGCAGCGCAUCGCGGAGACCAGGCCGGCGGGCGCGCCCGAAGCGCCCAUCCUGGUGGUAGGCAACAAGCGAGACAGGCAGCGGCUGCGCUUCGGACCGCGGCGCGCGCUGGCCGCCCUGGUGCGCAGGGGCUGGCGCUGCGGCUACCUCGAGUGCUCGGCCAAGUACAACUGGCACGUGCUGCGUCUCUUCCGCGAGCUGCUGCGCUGCGCUCUGGUGCGCGCGCGCCCUGCACACCCGGCCCUGCGCCUGCAGGGGGCGCUGCAUCCAGCGCGCUGCAGCCUCAUGUGACCCAAUUGGACAGUGCCAUCCAUGGGCCCCACCUUGUGACUGGGACAACCCGGGACGUGGAUUGGACAGGAUCGCCCAACUUCACUGGGACUGGACGGGGCAAUCUCUGCCCUGAUUGGAUGAGGCCUAAGCGACGGGCCUCUUUUUGAACCUCAUUGGACCCAACCAGGUCCCAAGCUCCAUUGGAGAUGACCAGUCCUUUCUGGGACCUCAGUGGGUCACAAUCCCACUGGAUGGAAAGGACUUGGCUAUGAAUUUGGAAACGCGAGGCCUGCUCCUGGAGCUUCACUGGACAUAUUCUUUAUGCCACUCCUAUCGCAGGAUAAUAAACGGGAAAAUAAUU